AUGGCCAUGAGUGAUGUCUACUUCCUUGUGGGCCUGGCUUCAGAAGCCCACUGUCUUCUAACUUGGAAAAAGAUGCCCAAAGUUGAGAACGUGCCAAACAUCACCAUUCAUAAUGCUACAACCCAUCCACAUGUGACCUACAUCCGUUGGAAAGUGCAUGGAGACUGGGUUACUCAGGUGAACUACUAUGAUUCUAUGAAAGCCGUCAUUUCCAGCUCCAACCACGAGGCCACAGCUCUAGUCAUAGGAUGCACUACAGGAACAACAAAUGUCAAACAAAAGAUGAAAGAAAUAAGAAAUGUUAUAAAAGAUGCCAAGACAAGAAAAGGUGGCAUAUUGCCCCAAAGGCGAGCAGAAUGUGAUCAAACAGUGUUUUGCAUCCGUAAAGGAGUCAAGGCAUUUUCUUUCUGUAGAAGAAAGAAUUUGCUGCUCACAGGUGGAAUGGAUCGAAUAAUUAGAGCCUGGAAUCCUUAUCUGCCUGGAAAACCAACAGGUAUGCUAAGAAGCCACAUGGCCCCAGUGAUCUACAUCCACAUAGCUUCUGAGGAUAACAAAAUAUUUUCCGUGUCCAUCGACAGCACCUUUAAGAUCUGGGAUCUAGAAAUGUAUAGCUGCUUGUUCACAGCUUCCUCCAAAGCCAGUGGCAUUAAGGGAGAGCUUACAGCCUGCCUCUACCUCCCAGGACCCCAAGUUCUGUGUGUGGCCACCAACACCAUGGCUCUGCUGCACCUGAGACUAAGACCUUCCCCAGAACCCCACCUGGUGCUUUCCCAUCAAGAGCCUGUGCUGUGCUGCAGGUACAACCCAGCCUUCAGGCAUGUGGUCAGCUGCUCCGAAGCAUCCAUGGUGAAAAUAUGGGACUUUGAAACAGGGAGACAGGUAUCUGAAUUCAUUGAGGCUCAUGGCCAGGCUGGGAUCACUUGUCUGACUUUUGACUCCAGUGGAAGAAGGUUAAUUACUGGAGGCAGAGAUGGUUGUCUGAAAAUAUGGAGCUACAACAACGGACACUGUCUACAUACCCUGAAGCAAGAUGAAAAACAAAGUGAACUCUGUGAUUGUACCUACAUGGAAGUGAACCAAAAAAAGUAUAUUAUAGCUGUUGGAUGGGACAGAAGAAUAAACGUGUAUUUUGAUGCACUGCAUAACUUUCACCACUUCUGGAAGCCACAGCCACACUGGAAGGAUGAUCUGAACCAUGGGCACAAGGAGGAUGUUCUCUGUGUGGUACAAUGCCCACCUUUUCUUCUGGCCACCUCCAGUUAUGAUGGAGAAAUUAUCAUUUGGAAUGUCAUCUCAGGCCAUGUGUACUGCAAGCUGAACACUCCUGGCCCCUCACAUGUCCUGGACCAUAAAGAAAGCCCAGACCUAAGUGUUUCCUGUCUUGCCUUUUUGAAGACUCGGGCAGCCAAGUUAGAUGCAUCUUCUGCUUCCCUCAUUGCCAAUGGACCUGGAGGUUCCGUCACCUUCUGGAGGUUGUUCAGUGGUGCUGGCAUUUGUGCGCACUUCACUCCUUCCAGAGAAAGAGCCCAGGUGAGCAGCAUCGCAGUGACAGAGGGAGAUGCCCUUGUCUACCUGGCUGACCAGCAAGGCUUUGUGCGCGUCUACGACAUCAAGGACUACGGCCUGUGGGGAUCAGAGCUGCAGCCUCCCAAGAAUGUGACCUUCUGGAGGGCUCAUGUGAGCACGGUGACAUCUUUAGAGCUGAUAGACAAAGAAAAUAUUCUGCUGUCAUCUUCCCUCGAUCGCACAGUGCGCCUGUGGACCAGGGACGGAGCGUACAUAGGAACCUUUGGGCAGAGUAACCCCUGGGAUAUUUUUAUUCCUGCAUCCUGGAGUCACCCAAGAAUCCCCUCUGAGAUUCUGACAGAUCCCCAGAGCAUGCCUACUCACACUGCUCUACAAGAAGAUGCUCCUUCCAGGCUCAGAGCAGGGCAAGAGGAGCAGGAUGAUGUGCUGGAGAAGACCUGGGCCGAGCCUGAAAAGGCCUCUGAGCUUUCCUCUCCAGAACAGUUCAUCCCUGAAGUUGAGAAGAAAGAAGACAUAAACCAAUGGCCUGAAUUUUCUUAUGGCAGAGAGCUGCCAGCACAGAUCAAGCCUUGUGUGAAGACCCCUGAGCCCGGAUGGCCCAGAGUCUACCAGGCCCUCCGAUGCCAUGAAGUCACCUGCACGUCAGCCCUUGGGGAGAAGCCAGAUCUGUCUGUCAUUAACUCUGAAGUGCUGAAUGUACAUUUCCUUAUGCAGGAAGGAGAAGGCAGUGGAGCUACUCAGGAUUCCUGGUCUGAUGGCAGUUCCUUUGUCUGA